AUGUCAGCAACAAGACUACAGGAUGUGCGCUUCUUCGAAGGAGCCCGAAAUGUUUUUAUUGCCAACAGCGCAUUUCACGUCGAGACGACCAAGCCAUCCGGCUUCGAUGUUCUGAAGCAUAUCAUUGCACCUAGUGCAUUCCACAAUUCGGGCGAGUGCUAUGAUCUACCAAGAUGUCACCCUCGCACCCGCGAAGCGCUCCUCAGGACACUUAUGUCCUGGGUGUGUGAAGGACUCGACCGCAAGGCCUUCGUAUUUUGGCUGAACGGCUCGGUAGGCGUUGGGAAGUCAGCAAUUGGGCGGACAAUUGCGGAGAUGUGCGAACGGGAGCGCCUGCUCCUCUCCAGUUUCUUCUUCAGUCGUUCGGAUCCCACACGAAACAAUGCAAAGCUCUUCGUCACUACGCUUGCCUACCAGGUCGCGUUAGCCGUCCCUCCUGCUCGCCGCCUCAUCGAACAGGCAUUUGAAGACGACCCGGUGAUACACACCCGAUCACUGGAGGCCCAGAUGAUGAAGCUUGUCAUUGAGCCCCUCAAGCAAGCAGCCGCGGCGAGGAUUUAUAUCCCACCGCUCAUUGUCGUGGACGGCCUUGAUGAGUGCGUCGACCGAUCUAUGCAGUGUAAAAUACUUGACAUCGUUCAUCGAGCAAGUAUUUCAUUGGCAGCAGCUGGUCGUCGUCUCAUUUUCCUUGUCGGCAGCCGUCCCGAACAGGAAAUUUCACUGAGAUUUGACUCGGCUUCCCUGCAAGACAUCACGAUCUGUUACACCCUCGGCGACAGUGACGAUUCAGACCACGACAUACGACGAUUCCUCGACGACGGGUUUAGCGAGAUCAAGAAAUCCCACCCUCUCAAAAGCUCUCUACCUUCGUCUUGGCCAAAUUCUGACAACAUCAAUGAGCUCGUAUGGAGAGCAUCUGGGCAGUUCCUCUACGCCCACAUUGUCAUCGACUACACUCGCAAUAUCCGACAUCGUCCAAUCGACCGUCUGAGCGAAGUUCUUGCCUUAUUCGUGAAGCAAGCGAACAACCCAUUCAAAGACCUGGACGUGCUCUACACUCACAUCCUUUCAUCUGUCGAAAACGUAGAUCGUGUCUUGGAGAUACUCGGCUUGCAUUUUGCCAAAUUUACCAGCAAAGGCUUUGCGUUCAGUGACAUUGUGCACGAUAGGCUCGGUCUUGAUUAUGAAGAUGUCAAACUAUUAUUCGGCGACCUUUCAUCCGUCGUCGACGUUGUAACCACACCAGAAAGAGGGUCGUAUACCUGGAAAAUGAAUUUGCAGCAUGCCUCCCUGGAGGAGUUCCUGACGAAUCAGCAUCGCUCGAGGCAAUUCUUCGUGAAUGUCGAACCGAGCGUCGUCGAAUGGGUGUCUUGGGUUUUGCAGAACGAUUUGGUGGACCACCCGCAACAUGUGGACGAUCUUGAACUGGCUUUCAGGAGACUGAAGUCGUGCAAAUCUCAGGAGUUCCACAAUGUGUUGCGAGAUUAUCAUCUCGGCUUCUUACUCUCCAAACCGUCUCUUCAAGCAUGCGCCCCCAUUGGAGACCUUGUUUAUUUUACGAUCGCACAAAUUCAAAUGAUGGCAUUCAAAGACUCUCAAUUAUUGUACGAAUCCCAACUCCGAGUUUUUGAAUCCCAGGUCCAAUUGGUCCUGGGCAAACUAUAUUCCCAACCUGCCUAUACCCCAUUACUACUUAACGACUUUACGACGACAGCCUAUGACAGCACUGGUGCAGCACUCUGUUACAUGCUUGGUGUGGGGGGAACAGAGAUACUGCCCGACCCUCUUGGCCUGCGCCUGCGUUGGGCAGAAUCCCAGCAAUGGUUGUCUUUUCUUUCUGCCUUCGUAUGCGAUCCAAAGAGGUCUCUUCAAUUCAGAGUUAAUGCUGACAGGCUAGCGGACGCAGCGCUCGCACUCAUCCAAAUAUUGUCCCAUCCAGUGUCCCCGACAGGUCUUAUCGCCCGGACGCUUGCCGAUUGUAAGAAAUCUCUGAGGAAUCGCGCCUGGAUUACACAUAGGGUUCGUCAUACUCGUUUGGCCCCCGGCAAGUGGUUCAAAUGGCGUUUCUGUGACCUAUGUUGGAAAGCACGUACGCCAAAGGCAGGGUGCCAUGGAUAUCAUGAGGCUGUCCCAACUCUUGCAUAUCGUGCGUCCCCCCGAUCCCCCUUGAUUAUCCUUCACUCUUCGUCCGAACUGCUCGCUUAUCGCCUCGCCUUGACCUUCCUAUCCGACAUGCUUGCUGAAGCAUCCCGAUCUACCGAGCUCAUCGAGUGCUGCAGGGAGUGUGUAUUCCAUCCGACAUCCAUCCUCUUCCCUCGCAAGGCGAAGAUUGCGCGAAGAGCGAUGUUAAAGUACCUCGAGCGGAUGGAGGCCGAAGAACGAGGGUGGUGGCUUGACUGA